AUGGCGGAAGGAGGGAUCCAGGGAUUGCUGGAGGGGUGCAUCUCCCACAUCAUCUCCUUCACCUCUCCAGCUGAUGCUUGCCGGUUGGCCGCUGUGUCCCAGAUCUUCCGGUCGGCGGCGGUGUCCGACUCCGUCUGGGAUCGGUUCCUGCCGCCUGACAUCUCGGAGAUCGUCUCCCGCGCGGUUCAUCCCGUGGAGUACUUUUCCAAGAAGGAUCUGUUCUUCCGGCUCUGCCGAUCCAUCCUCGUCGACGGCGGCGCCAAGGUGUUAGAUCAUAUUCACAGUUGAAAAUUAUCCUGAGAUUUCAAUUAUAUAGAUCUCCGUUUCAGUUUUGCCGAUAGGUUUGCGGAGAAAUUGCGGCCUGAUUUUUUUCUGUAUCAUAAAUGCGAUCGCAUUCUUUUUGGAUGAACGAUUUGGCGUUUUUGGCCACCAAGCGAUCCGAAGCCUUCGAUUCCCCCCACUGUUGCCUCUAUAUAUGCCAGAGGGUUGGACCUCAUUGAUUGCCAAUUUUGUAACUUUCUCUGCUGCUCAAUAUGCAGAGCUUUGCAUUGGAGAGAUCAAGCGGUAAAAAAUGCUUCCUACUGUCAGCGAGGGAGCUGACGAUCAUCUGGGGAGACACACCACACUACUGGGACUGGAUUUCUGUUCCCGGGUCGAGGUUUGCUUCCUCUUUCUUUCCUGUUCGUGACAACGAGUCUUGCGGACACCACGUAUGACUCCAUCUGAUUUUGUACGGUUCCCCAAUUUCAUCUCAUCUGGAUCGCCACAAAGUUCAUAGACUUGGACGAUCUUCUGUCUAGACGAUCAUCGUCCUCGAAUGACCAAUUGGGAACUACUAUUCUUUCGAUUUUGGCCUUACGUCCUUUGAAUGAUCGACAUCAGAUUCUUCUCGUCGAUCGUACUGAUUCCAUGCCUCCGAUCUACCCGGCAACACAGGACGAUUCUUACAUCUUGUUCAGUCACUUACCCUGAUCGGUGCGAACCUGUUCUAAUCGGAGAAACCAUCGCUCCCCAGGUUCUCGGAGGUGGCACGGCUGCUGGACGUUUGUUGGCUGGAGAUCCGUGGAAAGAUAGAAUGCGGAAUGCUCUCUCAGAAGACGAGUUACGCUGCUCAUCUUAUCUUCAAGAUCACCGAAGAAACCUACGGUCUUGGCUUCCCCCAGCAGGCGUCGGUCAAACUCGGAGACUCCACGUCCGAGAAAACAGUUUGUCUGCACCCAGAUCAGCCCCAGCAACGACCGUGGUGGAGGGGUCCCCUCCAGUGGCCGCUGGCUCCGGUGGCCGGUGAUCCAGCCCUUCCAGCGGCGGCCCCUGCGCCGCCGCCCCUGGAGGAGGAGGGAGCUCCCUGGGGAAGAGACGACGGGUGGAUAGAUAGAGAUUGGUCGGUUCUUCUGUGAUGACGGAGACGAUGGGGAGGCCAUGUUUGCCGUGACGGAGACCAGGGGAGGGCACUGGAAGCGUGGGCUGCUCGUGGAGGGGAUUGAAGUUAGGCCUGCCAGUUAG